CCCCUCCAACAGCUCCACGUUGCUUCCGGGCAGUUCGAGCCGCUCCGCGACCUCCAGGGACCGCUCUCACAUACGCCACUUCCGGCAGCCGGGGUAGGGGGGAGGGAAUCAGCAGUGCACUUCCGGUACCUACAACACACAGGCAUGGCGACGAAAGGAAGUCCCGGAGUGAAUGAAGUAAUGGGGGACUAUGUGGUGGGCCAGGUGGCUAACAGCCUGUUCCAGAAACAAGCAAGGAAGUGUAUGACAAAUCCACUGGUUACUCUCUUCAGCAAGCCAGCCUCCACGACUCAGCUAAUCUUCACUCCUGUACCAGAGAACAAGGUCAGCUGCAGAAAGAGGGACCGUGUGGGCGAUGAAUCUGACGCCGCCACUGCAGCGAAGCAACAGAAGCCUGUUCACAGGAAGAAGCAGCUGACAGCUGCUGAGAGGAAACUGGCCCAGCGCGAGGAUGCCUUGACAGCAGCAGACAAAAAGGGUGAAGGGAACCGACGCCGGAAACAGAAACAGAACAAGAAGGUAGAACGAGACAAGUUGCCGGUUGCUGUGACGAUGACGAAAGGAAAGGUGGUUGAGUCUGGGACUAUGAAGAGCACAGCCAUCCCUGAACUGGAAACGAUAAAGAAUAGAAGGACCCUGUUUGUAGGGAACCUGCCAUCAGACUGCAGUAAACAGAUGAUUAAAGCACUGUUUAAAGAGUUUGGACCAAUUGAGUCAGUACGAUUCCGUUCAGUGGCAUGUGCAGAGCCCAAAAUCUCCAAGAGAUUGGCCACCAUUCAGAAGAAGAUUCAUCCCAAGAGGAACAGUGUGAAUGCCUAUAUAGUGUUUGAACAAGACAGUGAUGCAGUCAGAGCUUUGACAAAGAACGGCUGUGAAAUACAAACUGGCUUUCAUAUCCGGGUGGACCUAGCCAGCAAGUCAAAAAUUCAUGACCAUCGAAGAUCAAUCUUUUUAGGCAACUUGUCAUAUGACAUCAGUGAGGAUGAAGUACGAGAACACUUCAGCGAAUGUGGUGCAAUUGAGUCAGUCCGGAUUGUGAGAGACCAUGAAUCAGGAAUGGGAAAAGGCUUUGGAUAUGUGCUUUUUCAGAACACAGAUGCUGUAACUCUGGCCCUAAAACUCAAUAACUCCGAGCUGAAGGGUCGCAAGGUGAGAGUCAACCACUCACUGAAAAAGGAUACAGCCAGCAAGGUCCAGCGAAGGAGUGCUGGGGACACAGCCAGCAAGGCCCAAGCAAUGAGGAAUCCACCAUUGGUCAAUAGAUUCGCCGGGAUCAUGACAAAGCCAGUGGAGGGGGAUAAAACAAAGAAGAUGAAAAAGAAGAAAAUGCAGAAGUGUAAACUAAAGCAGAAAAGGGGCAGCAAGGCUAAAAGCAAAUAGUGAAAUACUGCAUCCUUCUGAAGUUCUCAUUCAUCCUCUGGGGACACCAGCUCACUUAACAUUGGCAGAGGAUUUCAUCAUGGAACUGUAAUUGACAUGAGAGCUGAAAUUGACAUGAGAGCUGAAAUUGACAUGAGAGCUGAGAGGUGGCUUUGCUCUGAGGCAGUUUUUCUCUCUCUCCAAAUCUGACCUGCAGAUUAUCCUUCUUCCUGUCCUCUGAACAAGUGGUUUGGAACGAGCUGACACUGUUGAAUAUUUGUUGUGUGUGAAGGAUUCUCUAAUAUGGAGCAGCACCCCUAUUUCUUAGAUCUAACCCAUUUGGUUUGUUUGCCUUUUGGGGUGCAAUUUGAGCAAUAAAAUAUUUUCCUA